UUUCAACACACAAAAACACACACACACACGAUGUUGGAUGACGAUAAUAAUGAUUUGCUGGCUGCAGCCUCGGAAAUACAGCGCAACCGCUUGUAUUUUGUCACAUUCAAGAAGAACAUCAAACCAAAGAGCACACCCAACACACACUACUUCAGCAUAGAUGAAGAAUAUGUCUAUGAAAAUUUCUAUAAUGAUUUUGGGCCGUUAAAUAUUUGCAUGCUAUAUCGGUACUGCCAAAAAUUAAAUUCCAAAUUAACAGCGAAAUGUCACGCCAACAAGAAAAUCAUACAUUACACGACACUAAAUGCCGCGAAGCGACUGAAUGCCGCUUACCUGAUUGGUUCGUACUCGAUCAUCUACCUAAACAAAUUGCCAAUGGAUGCCUAUCGGCCGCUAGUCGCUGGCGAUAUACCCGCCUAUACACGCUUUUGUGAUGCGUCUUUUGGACCAAGCGGCUAUAAGAUUUCGCUAAUUGAUUGCCUAAAUGCUAUUUACAAGGCAAUGAAAGCUGGUUUCUUCAGCUUCGACGAUUUCGAUGCCGAAGAAUAUGAAUAUUUCGAGCGUGUUGAGAAUGGCGAUUUCAAUUGGAUUGUGCCACAGAAGUUUAUUGCAUUCUGCGGACCACAUCAGAAGUCGAAAACACUGCCGAAUGGUUAUCCAUGUCAUUCGCCUGAGCGAUAUUUUGAAUACUUUCACGAGAAUAAUGUAACCACUGUGAUACGUUUGAAUGCGAAGGUGUACCACGCAUCGAGUUUCGAGAAUGCCGGUUUCGAACAUAAGGAUCUGUUCUUCAUUGAUGGUAGUACGCCAAGUGAUUUGAUAUUGAAGAAAUUCCUCUCGAUAUGCGAGAAUACAAAGGGUGCUAUUGCAGUGCAUUGUAAAGCUGGUCUUGGCCGCACUGGCAGCCUUAUCGGUGCAUAUAUCAUGAAGCAUUACAACUUUACAGCGCUGGAAGCUAUCGCCUGGUUACGACUGUGUCGUCCAGGCUCAGUCAUUGGUCACCAGCAGCAGUGGAUGGAGGACAAACAAACUUGGCUCUGGGCCGAAGGUGACCGCGUGCGCAAACGCUCCGGCUCGCAGUGCCCCAUCCACAAGUACGGCAUUUACAGCAUCACACUCAAACAAGUCAUCUCAACCGGUGGUUCGCCGCUUACAAUGACGCAACCCAAAGAGAAUUGUGUGAAAGGUAUCUCACAAAAGGUGGAUACAAUGCAUCUGCAUGACAACGAGGAUAUAUCAACCAACGGCAAUACGAAAACGGGUGUUACAACGCGCGCACGCUCACCAAUCACUGCUACCAAUACAAAUACAAAUACCAACACCAUCACCGCGACAACGACCUGCAAUCGCCGCUCGAAAGAAAAGGCCGAUAGUCGCAAUGCGAAUGUGAGUAGCGCUAGCGAUGAAGAUGCCACCAUUACCGAGGAGAAUGGCGACGAUGAAGACAACACUGAUAACUCAAAUGCCACGUAUAUAGCAUCGACGAGGCGACGCAAGUCCCCAACGCUCGCUAUAGCCGGCGCAAAUACGCUAUCGGAUGGCGGUAAACCACCAACACCGCCAGUGCGGCGCACCCCACCCAUAGCUGUAGGAGAGGCCAAUACACGGCUGUCGCCAGUUAGCGGCACCGAGCCACUCUACGCCGAGAAAAAGCUUAAGAAACCUUGCAUUGGCUUGGAAGCAGCACAGCGUCCGACUAUAGCGUCGACUGUGAAAAUGACGCAAGCAGCAAUUGAUAAGCAAAACUCGCAGACACAAGGUGAUAAGCUGAAUCAAAUAAAAGCGUUGCGUCGCCAACAUCAACAACAAACGCACCAUCAGCCCGCAGCGGCACAACAGGCAUCGACGGUGUUACAGCAGCAGCAGCAGCAACAACAAUUGUCAACGCAGCAUAAUUCACGUGGCAACAGCACAAAUGCUAAUACAUAUCCAUUGGAUAUCGAGCGUCACAUGCGCGCCCGUUCGCAACCUUUCCGCAACAACAUCGCCAACAUAAUGCCAAGUACAACGCUAGGUCCUACAGGCACAACAGCACUGGCCACACCAGCAUUGCGACACAACGACCAGCAUUGCCAAGAAAUGGCCGCAGCGACAGCAGCAGCAGCAUCGGCAGCAGCUACAGCGGUGGCAGCAGCUCAUGAAGCAAUGCUUGCUGCAACAGCGGCGCUCAACAAUAAAAAUCUUUAUAAUUGUAAUAAUCGUUUUGUUUAUAAUACACGUUAUCAUACCACCACCACCACCACCAACAGCAAUAACAACAACAACAUUUUCAUUAAUCCUAAUAAUAACACACGCACUAAUAGUAACCUCAUUAACCUUCUAACAAUAGCAACUCAUACGACAACAACAACAUCAGCAGCAGCGGCUGGCACAGUGGCUGGAACUAGUAUGCCGACGGUGUCACGUGGAGAUGGUGGUACCACACCGUCGUCGGCGGCGGCGGCGGCGGCGGUGGCUACAACAGCAACAACGCUACCCGGAGGCGGUGGCAGUGUGACGACGCGUGCACGCAGUUUAGCCAUCUAUAGCAAAAGAAUGGGUUUCAUGCACUUACGCAAAGCGGAAACACAACAACAACAACAGUUGUCUAAUAGCAAUAACAACAACAGCGCUGUUGGAAAUGUAGCAACAAGCAAUGCCUCAACGGCCACGACGAGCAGCGGCUAUACAUUGCCGCAUCACCAUCAUCAUCAUCAUCACGAUGUGACCGCGCCCACGCUAAGUAGCCUCAAUAAACAAACGAAGACCUACAACAACACGUUGAUAAGUUCGACGUCAAAUGUGGCGGCAAUCGGCAUAAAUGAGAGUAAAAUUCCGGUGGUGCGCGCAAGUGCAGCGCUAAUGGAUGUGGGAGUCAGCGGUGCAGCCGCGACCGCGACGGCAGCAACGUCAAGCAGUGGGGCUGCCGGCGGAAGUAUUGGUUCAUCUGCUACCAUACCGCCUACGCGUAGUGGCGCAUCACGCGCGCCACACCACCAUAUGACGUUGCGCGGCCGCUCGCGUAUACGCUAUCAUCGCGCAGGUGCAGGUACAACGGCAGUGGCGGAAUCGCCGCCAUGUACGACUGUGACCGCGCGCUAUUAUCGCGACGUGUCAGCUAUACCAUCGGCGGGUGCGUCGCCAUUAGACGCCGGCGGUGGUGGCGGCGGCGGCGGCGGCGGCGGCGGCGGCGGCGGUGGUCGUUCUGCUUCGGCAACGCUUGAUUUCAAUUCGAAUCCUCUGCAUGAUGCCGCUGCCGCCAGCACUUCUGCUGCUUAUACGCAUAGUAAAGUGUCACAGUCGACAUCGCUGCCUAAAUCUCACAUGUAUUAUCAGCGUCAUCAACACUAUCAGCAGCCUAGUGGCAGUGUUGCUAAAAAUAGCAACAAUAACAAUAACAACAACAAUGAUAUGAAUGUACAACUAAAUGAAAAUUUACGUUCCACACCGCCUUUAGAUACAAACCGGCUGAUUAGCAACAACAAUUACGGGCGCGGUAGUUUCGAUGCGGGCAUCAGUGCAACAACCACAGCGUCGACGCGCGCCUCACCCACUGGCAUUCCAACGGGCAUCACAAAACGCAACAAACGUUCGCUGAGUAGCACGCGCCUCGAGAAGGACAAAUGCGAUGAAUACAAUACGAAAUUGCUGCGCAAAGCAGCGGGCAACAACAAUGCAGCGCAGAGUAAUAGCAACGCGUGCGCUAGUGGGAGCGGCAACGAUAGUGGCAACGUAGAUGACCGCAACAAUGCGAAUAGCAACGAAAGAAAUCAGCUCUGUUCAGUUGGCACGAGAAGAGGUGGCGCAGGUGGCGACUCAAGCGGUGUUGCUCUCAGAGCACCAGGCACUGCCGGCGGUGGGGCUGGCUAUCGAACGCGGCAUCACGUGCCAUGCGCGGCAGCGGCCGCCAAUAACGCCACCACCUUACUCGAAUCAUCUACAGCCUCCUCGGCCUCGUCAGCUUCCACUUCGGGUAUUCCAACGCCGACGGCGUCCACCACAGCGCAUGGUUUGUACUUGCAGCGCGGCAGUGGCGCGCGCUAUGCUGCAGCAGCAGCGGUAAUGGCGGUCGAGCGUGAGCGUGAGACGACAUUGAAAUUGCGCAAGAAAAUCAGUUACUGAGUGCGGCGCAAGUGAUUUUAGUUUUUAUGUGGUUACACUUUAGUAGAAAAAAUAUGCUAAUUUACGAGUAUAUUAAAAAGUU